AUGGUUUCUGCUUCGAAGGCCGCCCGUAUGGCUAAGCGUGCCGAAACCGGCGACAAGAAGACCAAGAAGACCUCGAAGAAGGAUUCCCCCGAGGACUCUGCUGUCGAUACUGAGGGCAACGCUACCCCCUCAGACGAGCAGUUCGCCACCACCGAUGCGAAGAUGAAGGAUGUCGAGAAGCUCACCGCACAGAUGGACAAGCACGGUCUGUCCGAUCGCGUCACCACCGGUGUCCUCUCGUCCCUCCCCGCCUCCCGCGACGUGAAGAUUACCUCCGCCUCUCUGGUGUUCCACGGCAAGGUUCUGUUCACUGAUUCCACCCUCGAGCUGACCUUCGGCCGUCGGUAUGGUCUCCUGGGUGAGAACGGCUGCGGAAAGUCCACCUUGCUCAAGGCUAUUGCCGCUCGCGAGUUCCCCGUCCCCGAGCACGUCGACCUGUACCUUCUCAACGAGGGUGCCCCCCUACUGACAAGGCUGGAUGCCAUGGAGAAGCAGGCCGAGGAAAUCCUGGAGCGCGAGGGCCCCGAGAGCCCCAUCCUUGAGGAUCUGUACGACCGCAUGGACAAGAUGGACCCCUCCACCUUCCACACCCGUGCCUCUCUCAUUCUGACUGGUCUCGGUUUCAACAAGACCACCAUCAACAAGAUGACCAAGGACAUGUCAGGUGGUUGGCGUAUGCGUGUGGCCCUCGCCAAGGCUCUGUUCGUUAAGCCCUCCUUGCUCCUGCUCGAUGACCCCACUGCCCAUUUGGAUCUCGAGGCCUGUGUGUGGCUUGAGGAGUACCUGAAGAAGUGGGACCGCACCCUGGUCCUCGUUUCUCACUCCAUGGAUUUCCUGAACGGUGUCUGCACCACCAUGCUGGACAUGCGUAUGAAGCAGCUCCUCUACUACGGUGGUAACUAUGACUCGUACCACAAGACUCGCAGCGAACAGGAGACCAACCAGAUGAAGGCGUACACCAAGCAGCAGGAGGAAAUUCAACACAUUAAGAAGUUUAUUGCCUCUGCCGGUACCUAUGCCAACUUGGUCCGUCAGGCCAAGUCUCGUCAGAAGAUUCUCGACAAGAUGGAGGCCGAUGGCUUCAUCCAGCCUGUCAUCCCUGACCGUGUUUUCACUUUCCGCUUCGCCGAUGUCGAGAAGCUGCCUCCUCCCGUCCUGUCCUUCGACGAUGUCAGCUUCUCCUACUCCGGUGAAUGGGCCGACACUCUGUAUGAGCACCUCGACUUCGGUGUGGAUAUGGACUCUCGUACCGCUCUGGUCGGCCCCAACGGUGUCGGCAAGUCCACUCUGCUGCGCCUGAUGACCGGCAAGCUGAGCCCCAUCGGUGGUACCGUCAGCCGUCACACUCACCUGAAGCUGGGAAUGUACAGCCAGCACUCCGCCGAGCAGCUGGACCUGACCAAGUCCUCUCUUGAGUUCGUCCGCGACAAGUUCCCCGAGAAGUCCCAGGACUACCAGUACUGGCGUCAGCAGCUUGGCCGUUACGGUCUCAGUGGCGAGGCUCAGACUGCCAUCAUGGGUACCUUGUCCGAGGGUCAGAAGUCGCGUAUCGUUUUCGCCCUGCUCGCCAUCGAGUCACCGAACAUGAUUCUGCUCGACGAGCCGACCAACGGUCUCGAUAUUCCUACUAUCGACUCCCUGGCUGACGCCAUUAACGCCUACGAUGGUGGUGUCGUUGUCGUCUCUCACGAUUUCCGUCUGCUUGACAAGAUCGCCAAGGACAUCAUGGUGUGUGAGCACAAGACCGUUCGCCGCUGGGAUGGCAGCAUCGGCCAGUACAAGAAGUACCUGCGUGACAAGAUGGUGUCCGCUGGCGCUGUCUAA